GCCUUCCGGGCGGAACCCAAUCGCAAGCCUGCUUGGGCAACCGAUCGUCUGCUAUCCUUUGCACAUGUCCAUACCAGACCGACUGCUUGGACCCGAUAUCGUGCACGAUGUCAUUCUCCACACCCAUUAUCUUGCGCACCUUUUCAUUGUGGAUAUACGCUCUCUUCUCGAGAUACCGACAGCCCUCUUCCAAAAGUCCAUCUCAGUUGCCCUUAAGAUGUCUGCACUCCUUUUCUUCUGCUGCCAGAACUCCCUCCCCACAUACCUGAUCAUUACGCAAAGGCAGCCGUCUUGGGAGUGCCCGAAUCGAACGAGAAGUUCUCCAAAGAACGCCCUAUUAGAAGAUUGCUUCGCUAGCAGACGAAGUAACUGACCCGGUGUCUCGAAAUGUCGAUAAACUCCCUCAUAAAAAUGGAUCCCGGAGUACGAAGUAGCCGUUCGACUCAGGAAAAACAAGGGAAAGCUUUUCCUGACCGCUGCGUUCUUAACUGAUCGCUCAUAGGUGGUUCUCCGCACGUAUAGUGCCCUCUC